GGGGGCUACCUUCAUACUACCAGCGAAGAAGAAGAAGAACCAUGGCGCCAGUCAGUUCUACGAGCACCGAGACCGAUCAGGUAUUGGUAGAAGAGAAGUCAUUUGCAAGAAUGUUCACACUAAACAGGCCUAAGCAACUGAAUGCCCUUUCAUUUCAAAUGAUAUCUCGGCUGCGUGAUCUUUUCUUUGCCUGUGAACAGGAGUGUAGUAUCAAGCUAAUAAUUUUAAAGGCAAAAGGAAGAGCUUUCUGUGCUGGUGGUGAUGUUGCAGCUGUGGUUCGCGAUAUCAGUCAAGGUAAUUGGAGACUAGGUGCAAAUUAUUUCGGGAAAGAAUUCAGCUUGAACUAUUUGAUGGCUACUUACAGUAAACCCCAGGUUUCAAUACUUAAUGGAAUUGUCAUGGGAGGUGGAGCAGGUGCUUCGAUACAUGGUAGAUUCCGAGUUGCAACAGAGAAUUCUGUUUUUGCAAUGCCAGAAACUGCUUUGGGACUCUUUCCAGAUGUAGGUGCCUCUUAUUUUUUAUCAAGACUCCCCGGAUUUUUUGGAGAAUAUCUUGGUCUCACAGGUUCAAGGUUGGAUGGUGCCGAAAUGCUUGCAUGCGGUCUUGCAACUCACUUCGUUCCAUCAGAGAGAUUGUCAUCGUUAGAAGAAGCACUACUUAAAGUAGAUUCAAGUGAUCCAGCUGUCAUUUCUGCCACUAUCAAUGAAUUCUCACAGGUGCCUAAUUUGAAAGAAAAGAGUGUCUAUCGUUGGUUGGAUAUCAUUGACAGGUGUUUCUCGCGAAGAACUUGCGAAGAGAUUAUAUUGGCCUUGGAGAGGGAGGCUUUAAUUAACUCGGAUGAUUGGAUCUCUUCAACAAUUCAGUCAUUAAAGAAAGCAUCUCCAACAAGUCUUAAAAUUUCUCUUCGAUCGAUCAGAGAAGGGAGGCUGCAAGGUGUAGGCCAAUGUCUUGUCCGUGAGUACAGAAUGGUUUGUCAUAUCUUGCGGGGAGAAGUUAGCAAGGAUUUUUCUGAGGGUUGCAGGGCUAUUCUGUUGGACAAGGAUAAAAACCCAAAGUGGGAACCAUCUAAACUGGAGCUAAUCAGUGACAAUAUGGUUGAUCGUUACUUCUCUAAGGUGGAUGAUGAAGAUUGGGAAGAUUUAAAACUCCCUGCCAGACCAAACUUGCCUGCACAUGCCAUUUCCAAGCUCUAAAUAUCAAUUAAAAUAGGUUUGUGAUUUUCGGUAUAGUUCUCACGUAACCCUGGCAGGCAACCCAGUCUGGAAUGCCCGAUGUCGUCUUGUGAGGUCGUUUACUUCAGAAGAUUAUCAAAAUGGCAAGAUCGACAUAUUUUCAUAUGAUACUGGUACAAGUAUAAGAUAAAUGGAAAUUUGUAAAAUAAUUGGGUAACAGUGCAAGUUAUAGCUGCACAAGUAGGAAUAAUGGUACCUGAGAUAAUAUUGUUUCCAUGAAGUAGAGAUCUAGAAACAGGUUUGCUGAUAGAAUGCAUGCUUACUCGGUGUAGAUUAUGUGGUACCCGAGGACAUUUUUCAUUGUACCAUUGAUUCACAUUUCCAUUGCGAUUUACUCUUUGCAACUACUGGAAAUGCAGAAAUAAAUUGGUGUUCUUGUGGAAUUGUAGUUUGAUUUGAAUCACGAUUUAGGUUGAAAUUCUAUUGCUGAAAAUGUGAAUUUACAGAAUGAAAAUGG